CAACUUGGUUUAUAACAACUCGUGGAAGCAUGGAGUUAUGGAAGAAAGGUCGAAGCUUUGCGGAAGAAACAGCGAAACGAUCACAAGACCUUUCAUUCGGUGCUCACAAAUUCACUAAAAUCAUAGCAGAGAAUGCCAAGGGGAUCGUGGCACAAGCUUCCAUCCAUUUGGUUGAACCUUCAUUCAACAACGAUGUCGAUAUCAAUCCCAAUUUUGAGAGUUUCGGCAUUACAGACGAAUUGAGAGAUUUCGUCAAAGGAAUCACUGUCACUACCUUCCGAGAUUUCCCUCUUCAAGAUGAUACAGAACUGUUUGAUGUUCCCGCAGUUUCUAAUAUUAGGCAGGAUUUAACUGAGUGGCAGGAAAAACAUGCCAAUCUUGUUCUUUCUACUGUCAAGGAAAUUUCAAAAUUGAGGUAUGAGUUGUGUCCACAUGUCAUGAAAGAGAGGAAGUUUUGGAGAAUAUAUUUUAUACUUGUGAAUAAUCAUAUCGCACCCUAUGAGAAUUGGUACAUGCAAGAUGCUAAACUAAAAUCAUCCGAGCAAGUUAAAGACCAAAUAGUGAUGAAACCAUUAGAAGUUGAAUUAACUUCGAAUCAAGAAGUCAAGGAGGUGAAUAAAGAGACCAAAACAUCAAAUUCAUCACGUCAGCAAGACUUGGAUGCAUUUCUUCUAGGAGAUACAGAAAACAGCGAUGAUGACCCAGAUGACGAUUGAUGGUGGAUUUGAUGAUGAUUUAGACAAACUGGUAGAAAGUUCGGAUGAUGAGAAAGAAAAAGCAUAGAUGUUGCUUGAAAUAUUGGGUGAUAUCAUUGAAGUGGUUGCAACAUGCCUGAGCGGAGAAUAUUCAUGAUGAUGAAAUGAGGCUUAAUUUAAUAUUGUGUGACACAAACGGUGGCUGAGCUGAUCCAUGAUGGCUAAAUUUAUUGUUUUAGCCCUUACUUGCCCUUUAUUUCACGUGUUAGUAGUUUCUCCAUGCUGAGAGAUGAAGAUUAAGUUUGAGAUAGAUAGAUAAAUCUUCAUUUAUUUAGUGUAUAAUUGUAAAAAAAAUCAUUUUUCUUUUCUUUGUAUAUAAAAUAUGAGGUAUGUUAUUUGAAC